UUCCAUAAUUUUAAUCGAUAGCCAGCACUGGGUCCAUCGCAAAUUGCAUUUAAUCUGGAGACCAGCAACAUGUCAAAACAAAGCCUUCAAAAUGAAGAUACAGCAAAUAAUCUAAAUCAAUCCCUAAAUAGGGCAGUCGAGGAGCGGGAUGAGGUUGAUAUUCAGGAACAGACUAUAGACACGGCUUCAAAAGAUAUCACAAAUGAUAGUAAAAAUGGUGCAAGAACGUCAAACAAUGAAGAAAUAAUUGUGGACAAAAAUGCUGCGCAAGACCACAUAGACCUUAAUCAAAUGGACAAUGAUGAGCACAAGGGAAUUGGUUGCUUCUUGAACGCUAAUCCACCUCUACGCAUUGCAGUGCACGGCAUGUCGGAGCUGGUCAACUCACGGCUCUCGGCCGAAGCACUGGACAUUUGUGUAGAGCUGCUAGAGGCAGGCGUGCCGCCAAGGGCGCUGUCGGAGAUUGUGCUACAUAUUCUAGACGUCAAGGUGAAGAAUUACGAAAAGGAACACGGUCCCAUAUUACCAUAGGGCAUUCAGAGAUCAGCGUUAAUCCUAAAAACAUUAUGCUUCAAGAUAACGCUUAUCAACACCUGAGUGACACCUGCAAACUACAGUCGUCUAGACGCAAGCAAAUCGAGAGAUUAGCGUAGCAACAAAACCAAUCAAUUGCGAUACCAUAGUUAAUUAUAUUGUAUAUAUUUUUGUUACUCUAAAAAAUACAACCCGCUAAGCUUAAAUGUUUAACUAUAUUGUGCUAAAAUUAAAGUAUUUUUAUCAACUAA